AUGUUAAAAAGAAUAAUAAUAAAUACAUCUAAUAAACAACAUAUAUCAUCAUGUCUAUUAACAUCACAAAAGACAUCGAUAUUAGUUCAACAAAGAUAUCACUUUAAUGGCAAAUCGGCGAAAUGGUCGGGUUCAGACCCAGACACUGCAAGAUCAGUCAUCAAUAACUUUGUAAAGAAUAAACAAGUUAUAGAUCAAUCAUCACAAACAAAUAAUGAUAGCAAGACAAAAGGACAAAGGAAAAGAGGUGGAGGAGGAGGAGAAGUAAAAAAGGUUGCAGUAGGAGACAACAUUCAGAAUCAAGUGAUGAAACAAAAGCAAUUGGAUCGAUUACAAAAGAAAGCAAUGACAAACUCAUCAAAGACACAACAAUACGCUAGCAUAGAUCAAACAAACACUACAAACUAUGAUGCAGAUCUACUCUAUCCAACUACUGGUACAGAUAAUUUACUCUUACAUCAUCUUUUGAAAAGAAAGAAUAGUGACUACAAAUCAGAUUUUGAUCAAGAAGAAGAAGAAGUAGGAAAACAAGACGACUAUGACAAAGAAGACAACAAACAUACAUUCAAUCAAUCAGAUACUAUGAUUUCAAAAGAAUUGGUACAACUAUUAAAAACAAAGGGAUUGUCAAUUGAACCGAAAGAGAUUACUCCAUCUUUGAUUUCAAGUUUAACUAUCCAUCCUCAAACUUCUGAUGCUCAAUUUAACAAAUUUACUUAUUUGGGAAAUGUUAUAUAUAAUUUAAUAAUUAAAGAAUUUAAAGGAAAAACAAAAGAAAAGGAUUUUCAAGAAUAUAGAUCCUAUGUCAAUGGAAGAUAUUAUCUUAGAACAAAAUGUCAAGAGAUGGGAUUGGACAGAUUGAUUAGAGUUUAUCAAAAUGAUUGGACUGAACCAAUACAACCAUACGUCGAUCGAUACUAUACAUCCAAAGGAUUGAUUCAAUUCAUUGGUGCACUAUUUAUGGAAAAGGGGUUCCUUUUCACCAGACAAUUCAUUCUAGACAAUAUCUUGAAUCAAUCAAUUGAAAAAGUAUUGAUUGAUAAUCCAGAAUCUUCCCUAUUUAAAAAAUUCUCUAGUUUUAAAUUACAACCUCCACGUUUUGAAUUUGAAUCAAUUAAUAUGAAAUAUUUCCCAUUAUAUAAAGUUAAAUUAUAUUCUGGUUCAGAUGUACUUGUUUAUUCUUAUGGUGAAAGUGAAAGUGAAGCAUUUAAUAGUACUGUUGAAUUAUUUAAUGAAAAAUGUGAUUCAUUGUCAUCUGCAUUACAGAUUGUGGCAUUAGCACCAAUGACAGAUGAAAGAUCUAUGCGUACUGAACAAUAUCAAGUUGAUAUUGAAGCUUUAAGAAAAAACACUAGACCAUUCAAAGAUAAUGAUAAUCGUCAACUACAUGAACGAAAAUAA